ACUCGGUGCCCGCUGUCGAGCCUGGUGACUCGGUGCCUGCUGCCUCACUUGAUGGCCUGCUGCCUUGCCUGAUGGCCGGUGCCCGCUGCCCAGCCUGAUGUGCCUCUGCCCGCUGCCCAGCCUGAUGUGCCUCUGCCCGCUGCCCAGCCUGAUGUGCCUCUGCCCGCUGCCCAGCCUGAUGUGCCUCUGCCCGCUGCCCAGCCUGAUGUGCCUCUGCCGCGCUGCCCAGCCUGAUGUGCUGCCCAGCCUGAUGUGCCUCUGCUCGCUGCCCAGCCUGAUGUGCCUCUGCCCGCUGCCCAGCCCGAUGUGCCAGCCCCUGCUGCCUUGUGGGCUGCAGUACCAAGGCUGGCCAGCGGGUGCUCUCAGCAGC